GCAGCCCCAUGCAUCGGUUGCAUCCCUGCAGGUUGGAGCGGCUGCAGCGCAUUGUGACGAAGCUGCAGACGGAGGCGGGGCUGUGCGAGGAGCAGCUCAACCAGGCCGACGCGCUGCUGCAGGCUGAGCUGCGCCUGCACGCAGCCGGGAAGGCGUCGCAGCGCACGGCGGAGCUGCAGCGCGACCUGGAGCAGGCGGACGCGAUGCUGCGGGCGCUGUUUGCAGACGUGCAGGCGCUGAAGGACGGGCGGCACGCGCAGGGGGAGCAGAUGUACCGACGCGUCUACCGCCUGCACGAGCGCCUGGUGGCGCUGCGCUCCGAGCAUGCAUUGCAUGCGGCCGCCGCAGCCAACGCCGCAGCCACGCUGCGCCCGCGGGCCGAGCAGGAGGAGGCGGCGGCGCUGCGCUACGUGCAGGAGCUGCAGCGCUGGGUGGAGGAGAACAUGCGACGUGUGGAAGGAGCCGAGUGGGGGGAGGAUGCGCCCGCAGUGGAGGCGCAGCUGGAAAUGCAUCGUGGGCUGCACCGCGACAUACGCGACUUCAAGGCCAAGAUCGACCGCGCGCGCAGCGAUGAGGCCCAGCUGUCAGUGGGGCAGCGCAGCGCCUACAAGGAGAGCCUGGACCACGUGGAGCUGCAGUACAACACCCUCAUGACGCUGUCGCAGCAGCGGUUGCGCCGCCUGGAGGAGCUGCAGGCUUUCGUGGCUGCGGCGGCGCAGGAGCUGCGCUGGCUGAGCGCCCGCGAGGAGGAGGAGAUCGCAUUCGAUUGGAGCGACCGCAACCCCGCCAUGGCCGCCAAGAAGGAUGCGUAUUCGGCUCUGAUGCGGGAGCUGGAGGCGCGUGAGCGGCGCAUCAAGGAGCUGCAGGGCACUGCAGAGCGGCUGCUGCGCGACGAGCACCCGGCGCGGCGCACCAUCGAGGCGUUCCAUGCGGCGCUGCAGACGCAGUGGAGCUGGAUGCUGCAGCUCUGCUGCUGCAUUGAGGCGCAUCUGAAGGAGAACAGCGCCUACUUCCAG